AAAUUCAUUCAAUGUAUGACCGUGACGGUUAAAAGAUAAUGAAAGAAGUUAUCGAAGGUUCUAAAUUCAAAUCGAGGAUUUAUCAAUAUAUUGCUGCAGUCGCUGCAAAUUUAGGAAUUUUAUCAAUCGGACUACAUUAUGGUUGGCCUUCAGCUGCACUUCCAAUUCUCGUUAGCGGAAAAUAUAGUUUCACUCUUACUAAUGAUGAAGCCUCCUGGUUAGUUGCUGUAAUUCCAAUGACUUCUUUAAUCGGUGACGUCUUAGCAGCCUACACGAUCAACAAGUGUGGAAGAAAAAAGCUGAUACUUUUCUCCUCAAUACCAAUGACUAUAUCUUGGAUAUUGAUAGCAGUGGCUGACUCAAAGACGAAUCUCUUUGUUAGCAGAGUUAUUGCAGGUACAAUCGACGGCCUUCUCUUCACUGUAGUCCCUCCGUAUUUAGCAGAAAUAUCGGAACCUGACAUUAGAGGUUUUUUGGGUGGGACUUUCAUGUCAACUUUGGCGUUUGGACUUUUGCUAGAAAAUAUAAUGUUAUAUUUCAUGUCAAUACCGACGGCAGCGUACAUAUCAUCUAGCUUUACAGUUUUAACAUUAUUUUUCUUACCUUAUUUACCAGAAAGUCCUUAUUACUUUCUAUUGCAUAGAGAAGAAGUGAAAGCAAAGAAAAGUUUGAGGAAAUUUCGAAGGCGAUACGAUGUGAACGAAGAAAUCGAACGGAUGACAAAUGGAAUUGAGGAAGACGGAGAAGAAGGAAAUAUAUUAGAGUUAUUGCGUAACAAAACUUACAGAAAAUGUUUUUUAUUGUCACUACUUUUAACUUUAACUCAACAUCUUAGUGGAAUCAUGCCGAUACAGUCCUACGCGGAGACACUUUUUACAGAAACUAAAGACUUUCUAUCUCCUAGUACCGCAAAUAUAAUUUAUUACUUAAUUUUUUUCCUAUCGGCGAUCGUUUCUUUAAAUCUAGCUGACAGAACUGGGCGGAGACCUUUAGUGUUAUUCGCAGCUGGAAUCGCAGCUCUGUGUCUCCUAUCCAAUGGGAUAUUCUUAUAUUUAAAAACAGCUAAAAAAGUGGAUACCACCGGACUGGACUUUCUCCAAUUACUUUUCAUUUCUAUUUACACAACAGCUUAUUGUAGUGGACUACAUUUGAUGCCUGUAAUUAUUUCAACCGAAAUCUUCCCGUCAAAUAUGAAAGGACUAGCGUUAUGUAUGAUUAACAUCUGCUUUAGUUUCGCCUCCACUUCUUGCAUUAAACUCUUUGGUUGGUCUACUUCAUUCGGUAUUUACGUCCCGUUCUUUUUAUUUUCUUUCUGUGCCAUGGUAGGAUUUAUUCUUAUAUAUAAAUUUUUACCAGAAACCAAAUCGAAAACUAUGGAACAAAUACAAGUUGAACUGAGAGGUAGUGAUAGAAAAAUUAAUAGAUAUAGAGGUUAGUUUUCAUCAAAUCAUUUAUCUUAGACUUUUAAAUCAUCUUCUAUUAAAUAUAUUAGUUUCUUGAUACAUUCUUUGUUUUGCUAUUUGUUUAAUUAUGAGUGAAAGCACUAUAGUUUUCCGUGGAAAUAAAUAGUUUUUAUACAAAUACAUAGUUUUGAAACUUAAUAUUAAGAAUUUUAAAUUUGACGAUUAAUAUAUAUCAUAUAUUUGAGAUUAAUUUCACCAAAAUUUAAUGAAUUUUCUCUUAACUACGAACAAAAUAUAAUGAAGCUUUCUCAUGUCUCACUUUCAAAAACUGUCAAAAUUUAAAUUUAGUUAACAGACAUCCAAACAGUUUAUAUAUGUUAAAUGUACAAGAGAAAACCGCUUCUGAUAUUGAAGAAACUGAUGAUCCAUUUGUGCUGCUUUGACUAGAUGCUUCUAAAGGCGUCAAUAACGAAGCGGACUGAUAAUUUACAUAAUGAUCAUUAGGAGUAUUCAGAACUAGCAAACUGUAUAUUUUAUUAAAGUGUUUUAGUUUCAAUCUUCAGAUUUUAGGCUCACUCUAAGUAGACUUUAUUAGUGGUCAUGACUGUCCUAUAUUCUUCUAUAUUGAGGUUUUCAAAGUGGUUGUAUAAACAUAUUUUCAUGAUAGAUAACUUUUCGUGGGAGUUUGUCUGUACUUUUUAUUGAAAAUAUUCCCCACUUAAUAAUUAGAAAAAAGAACAAAAGUUUCAGAAGAAUGUCAUUGUUUAAAAUUGUACAUACAAGUAUAAAUAAAUUAUAAGUGUAGACCAAAGAGUAUGCUUCUUACAAGACUUCAAAUGGUAACGAUAAUAAUUUGUUUGAUGGCGAAUUAUGCUGGCAAAUUUACCAAGCUAGCAGGUGUGAUAUCUCUCACAUUAUGUUACAUUUGAGAAAGUUUAUUUUUCUAAAAUAACAAUUAUAAAAUAAAAUAAUGAACGUUUUCUUCUUCUUUCUAUACCUAGUCAUAAUAAUAAGGGUGAAGUGAGAUUAACGUUGGCAGAAAAGUGUUAUACUUGAUUAAACGCCCACAAUAUGAAUAAUAUUCUACACUACGUUGUUUUUUUAUAAUAUACAAUAAUAUUUUAAGGAUUAUGUAUUUUCUUAGUCUACUUUAACAUAAGCCGAGUGAAUGCAAAAUUGCGAGUUAUAAUAAUGUUUAUAAUAAUAGUAAGGUAAAAUGUGAAAAAAAGUAUGUUUUCUAUUGCCAAUAGUAUUAAAACAGAGCUGUAACUUCUAGUAUGACUUCAUAUUUAAAAAAAAACAUUUGUGUAUUAAACUUAUAUUUUAUAUGUCACGACGACGUUGUUUCAAUAUAGGCUUACAUACACAGGGUCGUACUAGUUUAAAAUUUUUUAAAAAAUGUCGCCUUACUUCACGUAGUUUUUUCUAAUCCUUAUUUCCAAUAAAAUAAGGUAAAGUGAUGUUAGUCCGAUCCUGUCUAUUUGUAACUCUCAUCAUUCUACAAUGAAAUCGUUGAACUUCAGAUAGAAAAACAAUAGGCUGAUUAUCUACUAUCAUUUAAAUUUACUUAACUAAUUAUACGUAUUUUAGUAGAUUUUAUGUUAGAGUUAUAUAUAUGGAAAUAUUAUGGAUGAGUCUAAUUUUAUAAACUUUGGUGCUGGACCUACACAACUACCAAAGCAG